ACUCAAGAUUAAGUUAUGAUUCGCUGCCGGUGACAGAAGCAAUUGCUCGGGUCUUGGUAAAUGUGAGGAUGCAGGGCUCCUUCGACUUCCCCCGAGCGAAUGAAAAUCGACGGCGGCCUUUUCAUUAAUUAUUAUUAUAAUUAUUUAUUAUUUCCUUUUUCCAUGCCGGACACACGCACGCGCGUGAGCAAUGCUGCGAGGGGAUGUCAGGGCGGAUCGAAGUGAGAAUCGAAAGAAUUUGAGUACGACGAGAGAAAAAUGGUGUCCGGGACGAUGACGGACAUUCCGGCACGAAGGAUUGAUGCAUUGCCUCGAUUACGAAGUGGAGUUUAAGCUUCAGAGUGUCGCUCGUUGCUCGGCUUCUUUUUCUUCUUUCAUCCUCCCCUUCUGCUUCGUUCGCCAUUGUCAUUCAGAUGCUCCCUUUUCCUGCGUCUGUGCAUUUCGAUUUGAUUACCUCGUUUGUUCUUUGGUAGCUUUGUCACAGAGAUUCGUCACCAUUCUCCUGCCAACCUUGAAACGUCAGCGGUUUUUUUUUUUGUUAUUGGGAGGGAUUAUAGCGUUCUGGUGUUCUCCUCGCAGUUACCUCACGUCUCCCCUUCAAUUCUCUUCCUCUGUUCCCUUCCUGUCUCGGAGGCCCCAGUAAUGUGUUCGUGUUGUGGUGGAGUUGUUUCUUUCAUUUCCAAUUUUUGCCAGCUGUUUGUGCAAAUGGAAUUGGAAUUGGAAUUGGAAUUUCCUUCUCAUUCUAGCUUGAAACAUUCACCCGCAGCGAAAUUUGACACCCCCGUUGAUAUUUAUUCUUAGUUAGGCGAAUGGGGCUGAGCUGCUUGGCUUCAUCAGAAUUUUGCUCUCGUUCUCGGACGACCACAAUUUGCCCGAUUGGAAGUUUGCAAAUGACGUGAGAAGUCAGGAAAAUAUUACAACUUUAUCUAUCCGCAUCCAUCGGUGCACGUUUUCCGCUUUCGUUGUUACGGGCGUUAGGUUAAUUCACGAGCUCAUCUGUCCAAAUCUGCGACCAUUAAAUUUUUCACUGCCCACAUUUGUCGUGUUUUUUUUUUAAUCUUCACGUUAAUCAUUGAAGUAUGGCGUACGAGUCUCCACUUUACUCUUCUGUCUACUUUUAUACAGCUUGUUCAAAUUGAUUUCGCUUUGUGAAUCAUGGAAUUCGUACGUCAUGCACUUUGCAAUCUUAGUUAGCCCCUUGGUGGAGGCGAUGUAGAUUAUGUUGAGAUUGCUGUGAAACUUGAUAAGAUGGCAGCGGAAGAUGCCAUGGAGGAAGACGAUGACGACGUCGAUUUCAACCCCUACCUUCAACUUUCUCCUUCACUGGACGGGGGAUCAGGAGAUAGUUCGGAGGGAGAAGGCGAGAUCGAGGAGACAGAAGAUGAUGUUGAAUUGGAGAUUCAAGAGGAGAGCUUAAAUGGGGAGGACCUGCACAAUUCGGAGAAGGAAACGGAAAGGGAGAAGUACCUCGAUGAGGAUGAAUUUUUGGAACUGGGAAGCGAUGAGGACGAGGAAGACGAGUUUGAAGAGGAGUACCAGGACGAAAUGGUGCAAGUCGGUGGUGUAAAUUCGGAGCUGGAAGGUUUUUCUGCGAAGAGUGGCUCCCUGGACAAAGCUAGGAAGCAUAUGGCAGUCCGGAGUAGGUCGGAGGACGACGAGGAUGGUAAUCAUGGUCCUGGUGCUGAUCAAAUUUUAGAUCCUGUACAGCGAGUGGAAGAACAUGACGAAAGUCUUGGUGUAAGCACACAUGGUUUCCUGUACGAGACGGAGACAGAAACGCCGGGGCGAUCCAUGGACACUCUGCCGGAGUUGAAAAUUUUCAGGCGUGCCAUGCACUCCGAAGAGAUACUGAGGGGCGACAGCAGCGAUGAUUUGGGAGAUGAUUCGGUCGAUGCUAUUUCCAAGCGCACUAGAGCCCAUUAUUCGUUGGCUGAUAUGUCACUGGAUCAAUUGGAGAUGUUUCUGCAAGAGUCUGACGAAGAAGAGUACUUUCAAAACGUUGACGACGAGGAAGAGUACAGGAAAUUUCUACUUGCCGUGCAGGAAAAAGAGGAUGGUGGCGAUGAGCAACGCCAGGAUGACGAGGAGGAGGAUGCCGAUUUCGAAUUUGAAAUUGAGGAGGCAUUGGAAAGUGAUUACGAUGAUGCAUCAGGGUUUACGAAAAAGAGAAAAAGGAGACGACCAGAAACAAGAGAAAAUCGAAGGCAGAGAGCCAAAACGCACAACAGAGGACUCCAUCUGAGUCAGAUGAAGGCUCCUCUACGCCCCUUAUUACCUAAUACCAGUAAUUUGCAAUACAGUGCUCAUGUAACUGAAAAGAGAAACGUAGCAGACGGAGGGGAUCAAGGUUGGGCACCAAAUCAGAAAAAGAAGGUGCCAGUAAAUGGGUUUACUGCCCAUCAAAUAGGGCAGUUAUAUUGUUUAAUACAUGAGCAUGUGCAACUCCUCGUUCAAGUGUACUCCAUGUGCAUUCUGGAGCCAACACGUCACAAGAUAGCGAAGGAAACUCGCAGAAUGUUAACGGAGAUGGCGGACAAAAGAGAUCUGGUUCUGUCUUGGAAGAAAACUGCAUUUCCUGAUUUUUGUUUCCAGCCUCCUUAUACUCAUCCGUCUUUCACCGAAACAGAAGAGGAGAAGACUCUAGCACACAGAUUUCAGUUACCCAGUGAUCAGGAAGCGUGUAGCAGAGAUACGACCGGUGGGUUAGAUUCCUAUCCAGUAACUUCGGCAUAUGUAUCAGACGGUGACAUGGUCUUGUGGAGCUCAAUGGAAAGUGGUUCUUCAACUUCGGCACUACCACCGAGAAAGCUGAACCUGCUGUCCUGUUCUAACCUUAGUUUGGUCCCUCAGUCUUCUACAUACUCAGGAACUAUAGACUCAACGCCUUUUCUCCUAGAUCAUCCAUCAGAUUUAUCUCAAAGAUGGCACCAAACUUUAAGCAUAUGUCACACUUCAGGAGCAGUACCAACAACAAUCGGAGUUGCAGAUACGACGCACGUAACCGAUCACUCCUCAGUAUUGCCAUAUGUGCAAGUUGGUACUUGCUUUGGAGAAAGUUCGUUAAGGGGUCCAAUCUUAAUGAAGCCUGUCGCUCCUGCAACCUCACAGCUGCCAAGUUCAUGUUCUUUAGCGUCAUCGAAGAAGGCGCCGCAGUCGUUCGGUGCUGCUGGUGAGGAAGGACAUGGUCAUUUGAAUGCUGUAACCUCAGAAUGGGCACCUGUGACAUCAGGUCCUGUAAGAUCGCUACUGGAUGUGGCUCCUCUUGCUCUAGUUCGGGAUUUUUUGGACGACAUGUCUCGGGUUGCCGAGGAAUACACGCAGCGUCAUGUAGAGAGUGGGGCAUAUCACAGUGAGUGCGAACGGGAGCCACUCUUCAUGAUUUCAAUAUCCGAUCAACGCGAAGGAGAUGCUAGGAAAAACUUAAAAGCAAGGCCGUCGUCUUUGUCAUUUCAUUUCAAAGAGUCCUUGCCGGUAUCAGCACCUCGGAUUCCGAUCAAGAAAACUAUGGCAGCUGCUUUGGUGGAAAGCACCAAGAAAGAAAGCCUUGCCCUGGUUCCGAAGGAUGUUGCAAAUGCCGUCCAGCGCUUUUUGCCCUUCUUUAACGAAGCCCUGUUUCCGCACAAACCUCCUCCAAUGGCUGCUGCAGCUCGACUGUUGUUCACGGAUGCAGAGGAUGAAUUGCUUGCGAUGGGUCUUAUGAUUUAUAACAAUGACUGGACGUCAAUCCAGCAGCGCUUUCUUCCUUCCAAAACUAUGCAUCAGAUUUUUGUACGGCAGAAAAAUCGCAGCUCUGCAAGGGCUCCAGAAAAUUCGAUCAAGGCAGUUCGCAGGAUGAAGUCGUCACCUUUGACGGCUGUUGAAAAGGCCUGCAUCCAAGAGGGAUUGAAGAUCUAUAAGUAUGAUUGGAAUAAAGUUUGGGAGUUCUGCGUACCACAUCGAGACCCCGCUAUUUUACCUCGGCAGUGGCGUAUAGCCCUCGGAACACAAAAAUCAUACAAAACAAGUGAGACAUCCAAAGAAAGACGUAGAGUCUAUGAGGCAAAUCGCCGCCAAGCCAAGAAAGCAAGUGAAUAUGGAUUAGAGGUGAAAAAGGACUCUGGCCCAUCUUCUGUCGAGACGGGUAUCGAAGGUAGAGACGUCAUCAGUGGUGAGGACGAAGAACAUGUCGAAGAUGCUUACAUUAGAGAAGCCUUUUUAGCAGAUUGGUGCCCCAGUAAGUCUGCCUCUGUUGGUGCCCCUCUCUCUCUUCCUGGAGGGCUUCCUACCCAGCGAACAAAGACCAAAGCAUCUGUGGCAAAGAAAAAGAAAGUACUCGUGGAUCAAGUAACAGAUAUGAAACCAGUCUCUGCUGUACCUGCAUUCAACCUGGCUCCUGGUUCAUCUAACUGGUACAACCGCCAAGCACUUAUGUUCGGUUCUAACGUUACAAAGCAAACUGUAAAACUUGCACCUGACCUACCAUCUGUGAAGCUCCCUCCCCAUGUUCAUGUUCUCUCCCAAGCCCUUGUGCCAGCAGUGCCACCUCGUCCUUCCACCGGCGGUACGGAGUUUUACUUGAACCCAUUGAGUUCUCGAUGGUCUCACAUUACAGAACAGAAGUGGUCUCGAAUUACAGGCCAAAGCAUUGACAGGACAGUAACGGUAAACCCUUCCCGUUAUAUGUCAACCUUCUUGCCUCAAAUUGUGAGGGCAAAACCUUUUAGUAAGCAGAACCGUCGCGCUAUCUCAAAACCCACCCCUUCGCCAGCUGAGCACCGUAAGACAAGUACAACUGAACCCAUCUUACAUCUUACAACCGAGUUGCCACCAGCGAAUGAAGCUGGUGGUUCAUUUGUUACAGCAACCAACGUGGACCUCCAGAGACUAGCCAAGGACUUGGACAAAAAGUUUGGAAUAUCACAACCGGUACCUACAGUUGACUUGAAUCAAACACUAGCGCCUAUGAAGCCCUUGGCAGAGCUGGUUCAGGCGAAUGUGUAUCCUCUAAAUCCUUCACCUUCCAUAGAAAGUACCCCUGUGCCUUCGCAAAGUUUUGGCCACACAUUGCUUGCUGUUCCUGGAGCAGUGGCAGGCAGUCGAGGCACGUCCGUUUUGAAAUCUACAUCGCGAAGACGAAAGGAGAGAGCUCCAGUGGUCUUCUCUAAUUCUUCAAGUGCUCCUCACGUUUCAACAUUUUCGGAAGACGUGUCUACGGAAAUACAGGAAUGCGAUUUACCUCUGCCGUGUGUUCAGGCUGGGACUUCCUGUCACCCUAAAAUCCGUGAACGCGAGCAUUCCAGAACCCCUGCUCUGCUCAAGUCAGAUUGCUCAAUGGGUCCUGCAUCCAAAAUCUCGUCCAAUGUUCCCUCAAAAGCCCAAAGCAAGGUUGUUCCGAGAGAAGGUGUUGCUGAUCAACUGGAAACUGCAAUCCUGGUCGAGCCGAGUCAACCUUCAAAAGUUCAGAAGGACCAAGUCGCUCCAAACAGUGGUCCUUUGAAUAAGAAAAACAGUGCCAGAAGGAGCCGAAAAUCGCCUUCCGUGAAGCAAACUGGAAGAGCGAGGCAAAACGGGAAACAAAGUACAGAUAAGGCUGUAAUAGGAUGCACACAGGUCCAGACAGAUGAAAGUCAUAGUCCGAAAAUUUGUCAGCCGAUAGCCGCUGAAGCUGGGUUAAAAGUUGGACAGAGGAGAAGGAAACAGAAAACUCAAGAAGGAGUGGUAAAACGAAUAGAAGAUCCACAAUUGGAACCUCACGUUAUAGUCAUGGAGCAAGAGGAAUUGAGCGACUCUGAAGACGAAGCUGGCAUUGGUGUGGAAUUCGAACACGAGGAGAUGGGAGACUCAGACAAAGACGCUGAAAUCGAGCUGCCUGCGUCGAACCAGUUCAAAGAGAGCAGCAUUGAGUUUGAAGAGGAAGAGAUCGAAAGCGAAGACUCUCCUACAGGCGAACGGAUGAGAGGAGAACUUACGGAACUGCUUGUUAUUCCAGCAGCAGGACCAAGCAGUGCUGAAAGUUUGGAAAGAGAGAGCAGAAUGAAGUUACAAACUUCGAAUCAAGAUGGGAUAAAUAAGGGUGAAACCUUCCGGACGGAGACACAAGAUGCUGUGCAGUUGGGAACUGAAGCACCGGGUGGUUGCGCCAAUAGCAGGACCUCUAGGCAAAAUUCACCAGAUCCCGAGGGGCAGAAGGCAGAAAGAGCAAUCAAAACCAGAGCGAGAGCGAAGUUUAAAGGUCUUGAAGUAAGUGCCGGCUGCAGUCAUCAAGUUAGCAAAAAAAGAGGCCAUGACUUGGCGAAGAACGCUCCUCCAAGAGGAGAGGGAAGGACAGAAGCUGGCCUUGAACUGGAUUCAAGUAAUGACGAAUCAAUCUUCUAUUUAGCAUGGAGCUCCUCCUUACAAGAGACAGUAACCUCAAGCCAACAAUCUACUCCUGGCUUUAGAUUACUGCCGAGUGAGAUUGCUGCAAAGACCCUGCAGGAGCACUACUAGUCAGUUUGGCGUCUCUUCUUCCGCUUAUGCUGAACAUGUUUGCCGAAAGAUGGUGCAGAGUGGGAGAUGACGGGCGGACAGAAGAGAUUGCAACUAGGUCAUGUUACUGUGUUGUUCUGAGCGUUACGAUAGAAGUUUGAUCAAAGCCGGGUCAUUUCGCUCUACAUUUUUUACAUUGAAAAGGACUGCUUCAGUGAAGAAAUUGUAAUCAAGUUAAAUAUAAGGAGACAUCUAUUUAAUUCUAGCAGAGAGAUUUACUUGUAUUGUGGUCAUAAUCUUGACGAAGGUUUCUGGCUUGAUCUGAUAAAACAGGAAUCGCGGUAGAAAAAAAUUCCACAGUUCGUGAUGAAGUUCCUGCAGUGCCAUAAAAGUGAAGAGGUUAGUGGGAUGUGUCAAGAUGAACAGCUCUUCAACUGAAGUGAGAGCCAUCUCGAGUCUUUGUUGACUGAACUCCGUCCUGCUCGGGCUCGUCGGUCGCAGCUCCUGGUUUUGGACCUGACCUCGCACUGGCUACGAAGACACGUUGCAAUCGGAGACAGUUGUGUUUGACCAAAGGCUACCUCAAAUGCAGGCAAACUUUGACAAGUCAACGCCGGAGUGGCGUAAGAGUCUGAAAAUUCAAAGUAUUCAAACAACUUUCACGAGCAGGAAACAUUUCUUGCCACAUGGGAGGUUGAGUCGAUGGAUAAAAUUUGAAUCGAAAAGCUGUUGAAGAUGCGAAAGAGAAGUAUCAGAUCAAGUAAGCCUACUUUUGAAAUUAAAUCUUUACUCCAAAGUUCCCAGCUUCUUGGGUGCAUCGAUGAAAGUGUUGUCUGGAUUUAUGAAAAGGGCUUGGAGGGAAAGUUGCAAUCAGCACGUUGGACUGGAGGAAAGUAAUUCGUUUUGUCGAAAAUCGCUAACUGGCUAAAUUCACUGACUCCUAACUUUGCAGAGAAAUGAGCAAGAAUUAAAGGUAUUUGUAGAUACAUCCUUCAAUGAAAUUUCAGGAGGAAUGAGUAGGAAAAUUAGAUAUAUAGGAGCAUACAUGGUGGUGCUCAUUAAAUUUUGGUCGCGGAAGCCACUAGCAUAGGGAAAUAUUGGAAUCAGGAUAUCACUGAUGAUGGCCAGUUGAGUGAGACCGAGGGGUCCAAGUGGAUAGUUAAUUUAGCUAGAUAGAAGUCCUCGGGUAUCAUGGGACUACAAAUGAUUAGAUUGCCAUCUUAAUAGGUUCAGGAGCAAAUUCUGGUUGGACAAGGGACCCAACAGUUUAAAUGUCCAGUUUACUAUUCUCGACAUUUUCAAAAGGAGCGUUUUUAUCACCUCUAGAGGAGAUGUGUUAAAUGCCGGCGUACUUAGUUUGUACCAGUUUUUCUGGCCACUGACAUCUGAACCUCUUUUGUUUCUUUCGUAAGCCAUGGUGGCGUACUUUCAAUUGUGUUGCAUUAGCAUAUCAUGAGAUAGAACUUGACAAUACGAUUUGAUUUAUGCCCUCAGCACCCA